UCGUUGCUGCGUCAGAUGGGUUACGUCGAGGGAAAAGGACUGGGAAAGGCCGAACAGGGAAUCGUGGCCCCCAUCGAGACCAAGAUGCGACCGCGCGGACUGGGUAUUGGCGGAAUCGAUGAGAAAUCUCCCGAAGAAGUGUCGUCUGACGAUGAGCCAAUCUCCGAGGUGGCCUUUGAAAGCACUCUGCCGUCCCUGUACUCGCUGAUCGAGCAAUUUGAGCAACUUGGUAUCACCGUGCCUGUAAAAAUCAAAGAUAUGUGUGACAACGGCCUAGAAACGGUUGAAAUACGAACAGCUUUGGUGGGCUUGCUCAAACAGCUCAAAGAUGUCCAGACCAAGAUCGAUUUUGCUCAGCAGGAGCUGGAGCAACAGCGGAGGAUAGAGGCGAUGUCCAGAGAGCGCCGCUUGGCGCUGCAGCGAGUUUUAGACGGAAAUCAUGGGACGAUCGAAGAUGACGAGGACAGGGAGAUGGCAGCCAAGAUGCUGAUGGCCAAGCUAGAGCCCCUAGUUCGCGAGCUAAUGGAGUCGUGGGAUCCUACCAACCUUGACCCGAGUGUUCCAGAUCGGCUGCUGGAGUACAGGAGCGAGUUCUCGCUGUUUGAGUCUGAUCACGACAAUGCCUACCAGGCUCUAGUCAGUGAAUUAUGGGAGAAAAAGGCCGGCGAGUUCUAUGCCACAAAAUGGUCUGUUUGGCAACCAAAUCUGGGGAUCGCAUUGAUCGAGGAUUUUCAAGAACUCGUGUCUGAAGCGGCUGUUGCGCGAGUAUACGAAAACGUGCUGCUGCCGAGAUUCAAGGACGAAAUCGGCAACUGGAAAAUGGAAGAGCCUGGGCCGGACACCUGGCUGACAGACUGGCUGAACGUGAUGGAUGAGCGGCUUGUCGACCAGGUGGUGGCGAACAUUUUCCAAAAAUACGCAGACUGGAUACUCGUGGGAUGGAACAUAGAGGAGCAGCAGCUUCCGGCAGAGAGAGUUCAUCUGAGUCUGUGGCUUGAUCUGUACGGAGACGAGCAGACCAGACAAAAGAUGGAGUCCUCGGUGAUCAAAAGAUGCGUCCAGGAGCUGAGAAAAAGCAAGCUCCGGAAUGCUGACGUUGUGCAGUUUGUUGCUCUUCUGCGUGCGAACAGAGUUCGCUACGACAAGAUCGACUAUCUGCUCGAAAACGAGUUUGUGCUGUCGUGGGCCGACCAUUUUUACUCCCUUCCAAACGCAAGGGACCAGUACCACUACCUUUUCAACUCUCUGGUGCAUCUGUACGCACGGCUAUUUUCAUGCUACCAUUUUCCGCGAGUCCAAAAAUAUCUUGUUUUGGCACUCGACCACCUCAACUUCCUAUAUAAGACUUCCCUGCAACAGCUCCAGAUGACUCUCCCGCCGGAACACCGUUUUGUUUCGCAGCGGGAGUUUUCGCUAUCCAAGCUGGUGGAAGCCACCGAAAAGCUCAGUUUCAAGCCGCAAAGAAAAAUCACCAUUACUCUCAAACAGCUGCUGGACGACUACUGUCAGGAGCACGACCUUUUCGUUCUGCCCGAGUCCACUUUGAUGGCAGGAAAGGCAAUGUAUCGCGUGACCAGAAACAUGAAGAGCGGUCUUCUGAUCUAUCUGGACGACGACGUCGUAUGGGCGAAAACUGGUGCAGACUUCGAGCCCGUCGCGUUUAACGAAUUGGAACAUUAUGUACAUUAAAUAUUUACAGUCUAUUUACCCUCCAAAGUCUCCUCGAUCACCUUGGCAGGCACCUCAGUAGCGCUCUCGACGGCGUCGGCGACCUCUUGCGAGAGAUCGGUUGCCUGCGGUGACUGCACCAAAACGUCGGUCUUUUCAGCAAUUUGGCCCACAGACUCCUCUGUUUUCUCGACAACCUUCGUCGCCACGUCAGAAACAGUCCCAGAAACAGUUUCGGUAGCCUCCGUGACGACAACCUCCGCUUUUUCCGCAGCAUCCUGAGCCUCUGGAACCUGGCCGUAUUCGUCAUCCUCUCUCAGCUCCUCAGCAUAAACCUCCGGAUAUUUCUUGAAACACUCCUGCAUUCCUUUAAACUUUUCAAUGCAAUCAAUUCCCUUGGGCUCCUCCUUGGAGUAGACAAAGCACGAGAAAGCGGCCUUGAACUCCUCUCCACAAGGCCCGUGAGCCAUACCUCCAAGACAAGGACAAUCCCAGUUGAUCUCUCCCGUUUCAGGGUCGUAGGCUCCCUUCUCGUCAUCCUGCUCAAUCGUCUCGACAGGUUUGUCAGCCUUGUCGGCCAGCUUUUCCUUGUCAAUAACCGACUCCAUCGAAAUCGGAGAGGCAAAAGUGUAGGCGAUGAAUCCUGCAAAACCGAGCGCCACAACAACGCCGCCCGGGGCAGCAGCGGAAACGUGCCGUCUCGAAAAGGACGACGAGUGUCUAGCGAGAUUCCGCGAGGUUCUAAGCGCAGUGCGGGACAACAAGG